CUUUGGCGGCUUAGUCUCACCGUGACAUUAUGGCCUGGAGGAGUGUAAUCGCGUUCGCUGCACUCAUUGUGGCCCUGUUCCUGGCCGUCGGCAGCCAGGCCUCGCAGCUGAGUCGCGACGAGAGCCGCGAGGAGGAGGAAACCAACUUCAACCUGGCAUCCACGCUGACUGGCGGCAUCCGCAGUAGUCGCCACCACCAGCGGGCCAAUCUCAACUCGAAUCUGUAUCCGGACAGCACGCAGCCAGGUGCGGGCUAUGGCAGCGCCGACAUCGAUGGGCCACAUGGGCACGAGCAGGGCGGUUACACCCCGCGAACAGGUGGCUCCAACUCCAUAGGAUAUGCUGGGCCACAGCAGCCAGCGGGGUAUCCCGGGCAGGAGCUUCCGCCUGGCACUUAUCCGCCUCCUGGCUACCCGGCCACAGGUUCUCCGCAGCCUCCGGUUCAUUAUCCCGGUGGAAUUCCAUCCCAACGGCCAGGAGUACCCGCGUACCAACAGCCAGGAGUGCCCGCGUAUCCGCAGCAAGGAGUACCCGCCUAUCCACAGCCGGGAGUUUCUUCCUAUCCGCAGCCAGGAGUGCCCGCGUAUCAACAGCCAGGAGUUCCCGCCUAUCCAUCCCCUGCAGCUGCCUAUCCCUCAGGAUAUCCCGGCUACGCCUAUCCUGGAGUUUAUCUGCCUCAAUUUCCCGGCUAUCCGCAGCCCGGGGCAUAUCCUGGCUAUGCAGCAGGAGCUCCUGGAGCUCCUGGAGGCCCUCCAGUGGUGGUGCAUCCCGGUGCUGCGCCUCCUGCUGCGGCGCCUCAUGAGAGCAGAAGACACCACAGCCGCUAUCCGUCGCACAAUGCCCAGGAUCCGGAGCACUGGGACCACAGGUUCUCCAUGAACACCGAGUACAAGGAGGAUGGCGUCCACAAGGGCCCUUUCGAUGUCCUGAACAACCACAAUGCCUUCGGUUUUGGCAGCGGCUAUGGGGGCGGCUACAAUGGCGCCUUCAAUUCACCGGCCUUUUGAAAGGGAAGGUCCAAUCUGCAGGAGGAGAAUCGUAGUCAUAAGUUGGAAGCUCUGUGGCAAGGGGCAGCUGUACGAGCAUCUCUGUGUGCCUUUGAAUAAACUUGAUUUUUGCGCACUCCCAA